CCGUGCUCACCAGCUAGACUCUAGUUACCAUAGCCAGCCGGCGGCGGCCGUCUCCGUGCCGGACGACUAUGGCGUCAUGGGCGGGCACACGCGGCGCUCGCGGCCCGGCCAGCCGGCCGCCUCCGCCGCCGACCUGGCUCGGAACAAGAAAACACAAACAUCCGAUCAUCAGUACCACAAGGAAAUCCAGAGCGACCAGUCUGCUAUGAAACGUUUAUUUGUCACAAGAGAAAAACAUCGGUCAGGUGAGGGCGGUAUUGGCAUGAAGCUUGUUGGUGGAAAAUUAACUCCAAGUGGCGAAACUGGAGCAUUUGUUGGGAAAAUAUUUAAAGGGGGAGUGAUGGACAAUCUUGGACAGCUAAAAGAAGGUGAUGAAAUUGUUGAAUGGAACGGCACUUGCCUGCGUGGUAAAACAUAUGAAGAAGUUCAAAAAAUUCUCAGCGAAUCGACUGAAGAGAUCGAGAUCCUAGCCGACUGUAACCCGCGGCGUCAGACGGAGCGCUCGCCGCCGGCGCGGUCUGGCGGCGGGGCCGGGAGCAGCGGCGACCGGGCGCCGGUCAACAGCAGUCCGCCGACCGGCUCGUGGGCCGACCCCGGCCGCCAGCAGCGCAGCCGGCGGUCGGCGGACGGCAGCAGCCGGCGCCGCCGCCCCCCGGCCAGUCGCGGCAACACCACCCACUCCGGCGAGCACAACGGUCCGCUGACCCACCACCGGACCGGCAACGGCAACGUGGCAGACGAGGAGGAUCGGCGCGAGAACAACUCAAGCAUCGAUCCGAUGGACAGUGUGAGCAACUGCGGUCGGCCGGCGGUGGGCGAAUCCAUCCAGCGACACCCAGCCCCCGACUCCGGCCGGCCUGGGUCCGGCACAGCCGCUGCCAAACGGCCCAGCAUCAUACGGCACCUGCCACCAAACAUAUCCCUUGGUCAGAUCCAGCUCCAGAUGUGUCACGACGUGGCGGCUCAUAUUCUCUACGUAAGCGUGUUGCGGGCCAAGAACCUGAAGACCCGAAGGCCGAACGGUGACACACGACCAGAUCCGUUCGUUGAAGUUAUCCUUCUGCCAGAUAACAGCACAACAUCUGAGAAUGUGCGCACGACGCGCCACUUUUCGUACGAGUCGGUGCCGGAGUGGAACCAGACGAUGGUGUACCCCAAGGUGCAGCUGGACACGCUGCAUCUCUCCAGCCUGCAGGUCUGCGUGUGGAACCACGACGCCUACAAGGGCAACGAGCACCUGGGACAGGUGUCCAUCGAUCUGGCAGAUCCGCACAGUGUGGACGAGCAGGCUCACUGGUACCAGCUGCAGCCGAUAGAUGGCAGUGGAGGUCGAAAGUCGGAGCGCCGCCGCUCGGACCGACACUUCCUACCCAGAAAGUCGCGGGCGAAGCGUCCUGAUGUCCUGCCUAUGGACACUGAGCAAGGAGCGACACAACGACAGACCAAGUACAUCUUUGCCACCUCGGGUCUGUCUGCCACCUCUAUGCUGCCGGGACGGUGUCAUGACAACAUGUGCUCUAUCGUCUGACCCGGUCCCAGCAGCCACAAUCGGCGGACCGCGGCUCUGCUACACCCGCACCAUGGCUGAACGGAGCUCCAUGGGCUCCGGGCCCCGGGUCAACAGCUCCCUAGAUCAAUCCGUUCAGUGCGAUCAUGGAACCACAGCUCUGCAGUCAUAUAACCAGAGCGGAACAGUCAUAUCACCUCUUGUGAUGUAUGCCCGACAGCGGCAGGAUCGUGCAAAUAAGCCAACAGCUAUCAGUCCAGCUUAGCUGGCUCAGGAACCGCUCACCUCGCUCAGGUCAGCUCAGUCUCGUUAAACUCGACUCAGCUGACUCAGUUCACUCUGACUCAGUGAGUCCAGCUCAGCUCAGCUGACUCAGUCUGUCGCGGUGUAAGCCGUGUUCCUCGUAAGUCGUAACUACCGCGAUAUAGUGUUCCAGAGAAUACCUGACAGAGGAAGACUCGGAUGAGUCCGUAUCAGAGUUCCUUGAUUGGGGAAGUGCCGUUCCACAUUCACGAAAAACAAAUGUUAUGGGUAGGUAGUAAAUGGGCGGGCAAGCCCGCCCAGUUACCACGUACCAAGGAUUAGGAAGCAUGAUGUAAGGAUAAUUAUAUGGGUAUCAGCAAUGUUUGAUAACACAUUGCAGCCAAGUAGUUUCCAUAACUUGCCUCUGCCCGCUAUCACUGAAUAGUUUUGGAAUGUAACAUCGAAAUUCAUACCCUUUCCAAAAACUACGAUAGAUAGAUAUGUAACAAAAAAAAUGUAUUGGUAAAUAUACAAAAACAAGCAAUUAUCAUGUCAAAAUUUCAUUUGUGAUUGGCCUAAAAUACCUUACAUUAUCAAUAUAUCCAGCAUACAAAUGAAUAUUUAGCAAACCUUCAGCGU